AUGAAAUUUCUGCUAUUUCUUUUGCUUGGCCUUUUCGCCGGGGCGUUCGGACAAGGAUAUGACCGUUCGGGGGAUAUAUGCAAUAUGAAAGAAGAUGAAGGACCAUGUAAAGCACUCCUGAAAAGAUGGAGAUGGGACUUCGAGGAAGGAAACUGUGUAGAAUUUAACUACGGCGGUUGCGAAGAGCGAAUCAUCUUGGAUCAAAUACUCCGACAUCGCGAAGAAACCACCCGUGACGACAAAGCAGGCUUUCGCCCUGGUCGAUCAACGAUUGAUCAGGCGUUUAUUGUGAGGAGAGUGAUUGAAGUGUGGCAGCAGUAUUCGGAGCCUCUACAUUUAGCAUUUUUAGACUUUGAAGCCGCCUUCGACCUCCCUCUCCUCACCGAGUCCGUCCUUUCAAUGAGCUUUGCGCCGAUGGAGUUUCAUUAA